GAGCUACUGGACCCUCGCUGACUGGUAGCGGGUAGGGCGUUGCUAGCGGCAGAUAGUGGGAUUUUUGGUACCUUUCCGCAAGUUCUGCUCUUCUGAAAACGGUGUAUUCUGUCGGAAAACACGUUGCACGUUCACUAGGAAAAAGUUUGAAGCCCCUAUGCGUUUAUAUAUAUUUUUUUAUUUGUAUAUUUUUGCGAGCGGUGGUCGUUGUUUACAGAGGAGCGGGUGCUAACUUUUUUUUAUGUCCCGUUAGCUGCUUUUCCAUCCACGAGAAAUCAGCCGAGAAACGACUAAAUUUUGGAAACAUGGAGUCAAGCGACGUAGCGCCGUGCUAACACGAAGCCACUGGAUUUUCCUCCUUUUUUUUUUAAAAUCAUUGCUGAAUAAGACUUAUUCGAGGGACUUUAUGGCAAGAUUCAAGAGGCUGUGUUCGUAUGUGUAACAACUCUGUGCUGGCUCAUUGUUGUGAACGGGAGUUUGCUUAGUUUGCACUCGAAACAAGAGAGCACACGAAGCAAAGUUUUUUUUUUUUUUUUUAAGAGCUCAUCUGUUUUGUUAGCUGGUAGCUGCCGAGAUUUAACGCCUGCCAUUUCGCCGUGAAUGGGGCUUUUCUGAAUCAGUAUGCUUGUUUUAACACUAUAACCGGCUUGUGUUGCUUUAAAUACAACAACUACAGCGUAGCUACAGUUUUGCUAACUUGUAACGCGGUUCGUGGAACAACUCGCUAUAACAGAGGGAUUCUCAUGAUCACGGGGGACUCGUCUACACGCAGACAGCCACGGCCGAGCGUUUCUGGGAUCAGGGAAUACCAAAUGGGACUGCAGGAAUUUCCAGCAUCUUUAAGGAUCAUUUAGGGCCAUAUUUUUUUUUUUUCGGGCCGAGCUGAGGUGGUGGCAGACGGACUUCAUCGGCUGGGCCAAGGGGUGUCGGGUGCGUUGGAUUGUUUACACGUUCCCUGCCGGCGGAUAACUGGGAUGUGAACGCAGAAGGAGUCGUACGAGGAGUUCGUAUCUGCACUGCAAGUUGUGCCAGACGGAGUUAUAUAUUUAUUUAUUUGUUUUGCUGGCAAAAAAUACUGUUCAUUGCCGGGGUGGGAUAUCAUCGACCGAGGCRCCGAUUAACAGCCAAGGUCCGCACUGUUCGAUGCCUUGUAGCUGCUUCAUUUGUGCAAGGAUUAUUUAUUGACAGAUCAAUCAUUCAUUCGUUUCCCCCACCAUCUAUAUUAUAUGUUCGUUUGGACAUGUCUUGCAUCGACUUGACACUGCUCUAAAGUGUAUUGAUCCUCAGCACCGUUCUCUAAAAACCCAUGCCAGCUUCAGAUGAAUGCCCGACAACAAGGAUGCUCCAGGAGAUCACCUCAGCACACCGUGGAAAAUGUUAAAAGGAUAUAACUUGCUGCAAAUCUAGAACGGGAAGCCCAAUGAGUGACACACAGUCCAGCUUCACUGACAGGUUUAACAAGAAAGCAAACAGAAGCAGCAGCAUUCUCAGCAAAGACCAUCCGCCAGACAAGAAACCCAAAAGUGAUAAAACCUCACCUCCCUCCAAUGAGUUUGACCCAACAGAAGCUCUGGUGGUGCAGAAGAGUGGCAACAGCAGUGUGCUAGCAGAGGGGAAGCCUGAGUCCUGUGGUCUGGUCCAGCGAUGUGUAAUCAUCCAGAAAGAUGAAAAUGGCUUUGGGCUCACAGUCAGUGGUGACAACCCUGUGUUUGUGCAGCUGGUCAAAGAAGAUGGGGCUGCGAUGCGGGCUGGUGUUCAGACAGGAGAUAGGAUCAUUAAGGUUAACGGGACCCUUGUUACACAUUCUAAUCACACCGAAGUUGUGAAACUUAUCAAAUCGGGCUCUUAUGUGGCCCUCACGGUUUUGGGACGCCCUCCAGGGCUUCCCCAGAUCCCAUUGCCUGAAGCAGAUCCUGAGGCAUUGGGUAUUAGCCUAUCCUCUCCAAACUCUCCAGCAUCAGAACGCCCAUACAGUCCUCUGAACUGCCUCUCCUCUCUACAAUCAUGGGAUGAGAGCAGCAGUGCCUGCAACCAGAUGGCUGAUGUUUUGCAAAAGAAGUUCUCAAAAGAGCAGCAGGAGCUUCAGGCCAUGAAAGAAAAGUACAACAGGAACCCCUCCCCCAAACUACUGAAAGACAUUCAGGAAGCAACAAAACACAUUCCUCAGCUGCAGGGUCAGCUCUUCAAGGCUACUGGGACAACACAGGAGGCUGUUUCAGGUGAAGAAGAAGACAAUGGUAGCAUAAUAGAGACAGAUUGUGUACCUGCCCCUAAAGGAGACAACAGCACAGACCUUUCCUGGAGCAGCACUUCUGCAUCUCACAUGUUUGGACCCGGAUCCCCAGAUAGCUAUUGUCCAAAAGACUCCUCCUGUGCCAGCCCCAAAAGCACACCCAGGAACAGCUUCAACUCCUUCCACUCCCCGGAGGCAGAGGAUACCACUGACUUGGACGCCCUGUCUCCCAUCACAGUCAGCAGCCCCCCUCCUUUUCGCCUUGGCUUGCAAAUAAUAGGAGCUGAAGAUGACUAUUUCGAUUCAGACCAAGAGCAAGGUGAAAUGUUGAACUUAACUAUGUUACAGACAAAUGGCCAGUGUAACAGCUUUAACAGUAUCGAUCAGCUCAAGUCUCGUCCGGCCCACCUCGCAGCAUUCCUGCACCAUGUCAUCUCUCAGUUCGACCCCGCUCCAGUGCUGUGCUACCUCUAUGCUGACUUCUAUAAGCAAACUAACUCCAAAGAGACCAGACGGGUGUUCUUGGACUUCCACUCCAUCUUUAUGGACCGGGCAGCAAAUUUAAAAGUUCCCGUUCCGGAAUCAGUUUCUUCUGAUCUCAUGUGCUUGUGUGUGUGUGUGUGUGUGUGUGUGUUUGAAGACCGACGGCGGAUGGAGCUGAUCCCAGAGGAAAUAAACAGACAACACGUUCAAACACUGCAAGACUCUGUGAUUGCUGAUAUUCAGAAAAACCUUGAAGACUUCAGGCAGAAACGUAGCAUGGGCCUGACGGUGGCCGAAGGCGAACUGACCAGACUCGACCAAGAGAGAGUCCGAGACCAGGUCACUCUUGAACGGGAACGUUCGUAUGCCGAAAACAUCAUCAGCAAAAUAGAUGACAUCCUGAUAACUACUCAACCCACAGAGGAAGAGAAAUGCACUACAAUACAGUAUGUUAUCUAUACAUACAUGAAGCACCUUGGUGUGAGGGUCAAGGAACCUCGAAAUCUGGAGCCCAAACGUGUUUGGAUCGGCUUUCUUCCAAAGAUGAAGAAAAGCAUAAAGCCAGAUAAGGAAGGAGAUGAGAAAGUGGAGAAAGUGGAGAAAAAACCCAGAUUUAAUUUUCUUGCACCUCAGCGUCGGCCCAGCCGCAUCGAAUCAGUGAGUAAAGUCGUCGAAAAUCGCCCCAGGCCACAGAAACAGGUCUCUCAGCCUACACUUGGGACAAACGAACCAAUGGAAGGCGGUUUAAGAGGCAGCCAAUCCAGUGAAGGCUCUGAACUCACUCAUUCCAUGUCGGUCAACGCCUCGACUCCAAACAGCAUCACCCACAGCUCAGACUUGAGCCGAGAUGCUGAUAUUGGUGGGACACCAACAUCAGCCCCCUCCAAGCUGACCGACAGUUUUCAAUCAGACCCUCUGGGCGGGUUUUCAUCUCCUGCUUCACACUUGGAGUUUUUUAGUCUAGACCAUCUUCAAGAGGAUGACAGAGAAAAUUACAGAACUCAUGAGGGAACACCAAAGGCUAUCAGACGACUUGAUGGAUUGGGCCUAGCUGACGUUCAGAGUGAGGAUGAUCAGGGUACCGAUUCUGAACACAACCCGCCUAACUGGCAGCAGUUGGUGGGACGAGAAGUUCUUGCCGGUCUCAGGCCUCACGAGAUCAAGAGACAAGAAGUUAUCAACGAGCUGUUUUACACAGAGCGCACACAUGUACGAAAGCUCAAGGUUUUGGACCACGUUUUCUACCAGAAGCUUUCCAAAGAUGCAAUCCUUCCUCCUGCUGACAUCAAGAACAUCUUCACCAAUCUGGAAGAGGUUCUCCAUCUGCACGUUUCAGUACUUGAACAAAUGACAGCAGUUCGUAAGAGAAAUGAGUCUUCAGUAAUUGGUCAAAUAGGAGAUGACUUGCUCUCUUGGUUCAGCGGUGGAGAGGAGGAGAAAAUCAAGCAAGCUGUGGGGACGUUUUGCAGCAACCAGCCUUUUGCUCUGGAGAUAAUCAAGACCAAGCAGAAGAAAGACUCAAGGUUCACUUCAUUCAUCCAGGAGGCAGAGAGUAACAGACUGUGUCGCCGACAGCAGCUUAAAGACAUCAUUCCUGUAGAAAUGCUUCGGCUCACCAAGUAUCCUCUGCUGCUAGACAACAUAGUCAAAUAUACAGAUGACGCAGAGGAGAAGGCAAAAGUAAAGCAGGCAGCAGACUGCUGUAGAAGGAUCCUCUGUCACGUUAACCAGGCUUUGAAAGAGUCUGAGGACAAGCAGAAAUUAGAAGAUUAUCAGAGAAGACUGGACCUCUCCUCACUAAAGCAGACAGACAACCCCAUGAUCCUGGAGCUAAAGAACCUGGAUCUAACCAAGAAGACAUUGAUUCACGAGGGUCCACUGUCAUGGAAAGUGAACAAGGACAAGACUAUCGAGUUGUUCACGCUCCUCUUGGAGGACAUUCUCGUUCUGCUACAGAAACAAGAUGAACGUCUAAUCCUUAAGUGUCACAGCAAAAACCUGUCAGGAGCCGCAGAUAUCAAACAUAUCUACAGCCCCGUCAUCAAGCUCAGCACUGUUCUAGUGCGUUCUGUGGCUACAGACAACAAGUCCUUCUUCGUUCUCUCCAUGUCAGAAAACGGCCCUCAGAUCUAUGAGCUCAUGGCGCCCACAGUCUCAGAUCAGAAAACGUGGCAAAGUCUGAUCCCUCAGAGAGCUGAUGCCAUAAAAGCCAAGCCUCACAGCAUCAUACCAUUACCUCAGCCUGAUGGGGAGAGAGAUGGAGUGGAGGUCAUAUCAGCAGGUGCUUCCAGACUAAGCAGAGACCCGGACCGCACGUCCACCGGCAGCACUCAGUCCACAGAUAAAGAGAGCAGUUCAGCCUCUAGAAGUGCAUUUCAGAGCUCUCCAGUUGGUGGUAAUCCGUUUGAAGAGGCGACGAAAGAUGAGGAGGAGGAGGAGGAGGAGGAAGAGGAAGGCUUUUUGGACCCAGAACUUCCAUAUCAAGUGUCUGAAGUGGACAAAGAGGGAGACUUGUUUGAUGUGUUCCCUUCCAGAGCAGAGGAGGCACUUAAAACAUUGGCAGCAUUAAAGCAAGUGUUGGUGACUCAGCUGAUGUCCCAGGAGGCGGCAGAGCAAACCAAACGCUCCACUGGAGCUCGUCUCCUCAGGACCACCUCUCUGCGGACCCCAACAGACAACCGCACUAAAGUGAUGGUUCACAACAGUUCAGAGAAAAGUAGCUCAAAAACACAGGAACUGGCUCAAGAUCUUGGAUCAGGGGACACUGGAUUCUUUGACUCACCUGAAGAUUACGGAUGCUUGGUCCUGGGGGGCUAUGGUGGUCCUGGGGAGAGCACCACAGAUGAUGACAUCUUGGCUUCAGCCACUGGGAAGCAGCUGAGCACCUCGCAAGUUUGUGCAGCCGACUCUGGCAUCAAUUUGAGAUUUUCCUCAACGUCACAGGUCGGCAGCCUCUCCACCUUCAGCAGACAGGUGCUGUCUCACCUUAGAAACCUUCAGACCAACCUCAACUAUCUGAAGGAGGUUGAGGCUAAGUAUAAUAAUUUAAUACGUCAAAGGCCAGCGAGGUCAGUAACAGAAACGGAUGAAAACAAAGAUAAGAGAUAGUGUGGAUGUCAGUGUGCUGCAAGUUUAAGCUCUGGUCCCAAAGAAGAAGCACCGACUUGUAGUCUGCUGUUUCUUUUUGUGUCCUGGACUUUCUGGACGUCCUAUAAGCUUGUCCUCUCACUGCUGACCCCUUGUUUUUUAUUUUUAUUUUAUUUUUUGUUUUUUUCCAUCACCUAUGAUUGGAGAUUGAGAGACUUAAGCGUGAGCAGUCGUUUGAAGGGAGGAUUCAUGUACGUGAUGUCACACCYCCCUUUUCUCAGCACAAGGCAAUCAGGGAAGUGGGAUUGCCCCCAGAACUUCAGCCUCGUCUACCAUUGAACUCCCAUUUUCCCCUAAACUCCCUGCAAGAAAGAGAACUUAUACCAAAAUGUACAAAGAUGCGUGUUUAGUAUAUAUAUAUAUAUGAAAAACAAGCAAGAAAAGGAAAAUUUUAAGAUAUUGUAUUAAGAUUUUUUUUAUCCCGAGAUGUAUUUAUUUUCUUUUUUUUCUUUGUUUUUGAAAAAGAAAAAAACGGUGUUUCCCAGAUUGCUUGCAUGCUUUUGACCAUGGUGUUACCUUUUAGUAGCUCAUUUUGCUCCAGUCAAAUGUGGUUGGUGUGAGUGCACGCUAACAUACAAGCACCCUAGUGUAACUUCAAAAUGGCAUCACUAUAUUUGGACUAAUAGAGGCCAGAGUUACACUAGUGAUGGAUAGAUCCUGCAUAUCAGAACUGUUUAAGUCUAGAAUUGACCAUGAAUUCUAGGUGUGGUGUUAACUAGAAUGAAGAGUCUUUUCAGGCUCUGAUCUGGUCCUGUUUCAUUUCUGUGCUGACCACUUCGUCCUCCCGUUUAKUCUUUUCUUGUUUUGUGUGCGAUUGUCUGCCUAUUUCUUUUCCGUGUGAACACGUAUGAGUGUUUUUCCCUUUUCCUCUUCCAAGAAGCUGGGUGGCUUUCAUCCCUUCCUACACUUCAUAUGUCACGUUUCCUCCUCUGCCUCUGCCUCUCUUGCCCUUUCUCCCUGUCCCACGAGGAGCGGUCAUGCUCUCUCUGUAUCAGUUGCUGACAGAAAUGUUGCUUCUUUCUGCUCCGGUUGGACAUUCUGAUCUGACUGCUUGAUAUUCUAAUAAUGUCAUGAAGUUCAACAUAUAGUGUACAAUGAUCAAGUUGGAAGGUUAUGCAUAACUUUACAAAAUAAAUGGUGCCAUGACAUGUUCAAAAACAA